AUGGCGGAGACAAUGAAGCAGACUGGAAAUCAUGCUCCUCCUCACGAAUGCGGCAAAAUGUCUAGCUACACGGACUGCAUGUGUGUGAUACUAAAGCUUCUAGCAGACUUCGGGAAAGAGCUCAAAUUAGGUGAUGCUGCUUUGAGAAUAGAAGUCAACAUCGAUGCUGUGAGUCCUGCGUCAUCUCCAGCUGCUCAUGUGUACAGCUGUUUGCAGCAGCACAUCACUAAGUUACAGGCUGUUUCAGAGAGUCUAAAAACACUGGCGGAUGCUGACAGUCAAUCAUCGUCUACAAAGGACGGCACAUCAGACAAUGCUGUUGCCUCUUCUUCACUCAAAGAGCGAACGACUGCUCUGUUUGAGCACGGUCCUCCCAGCUCAGAGGCUGUAGCAGAAAGCAAGUCGGCGGCUGAUGACGUCAUGGUGCAGAUCAGAGCCGGGAAGUCAGAGAUUGAGCGAAGAAUAUCUGCAUUUAUGGAACGCAAGCAGAUGGAGAUCAAUGAAAACAAUGUACGCGAGUUUUGCAACGUGAUCGACUGCAAUCAGGAAAACAGCUGUGCCAGAACAGAAGCAGUAUUCACUCCUUACCCAGGUUUUAAAAGCCAUGUGAAAGUAACACGGGUGGUAAAUACCUACGGGCCACAGACUCGUGGUGGGGGAGGCCAAGGAGGGGCUGAGGAGCAGCAGAGGGGGCUAGGGGCCAGAGACUGCGGAAAUGUAGCCAUACAAGAACGACUUCAAAACAUCGAGGCUCACCUUAAACUCCCAACAGCGGGCCCGGUCCCUUCGAGUGUCUACCAGAGAAUAAAGAAGCUGGAGGAUCGUAUCCUGGAGUUGGAGGGACUCUCACCUGAGUACUUUCAGUCUACGAGUCACCUGCACAAGCGACCAAAGACAUCCCCUGCUCAGGCCUGCAGUCUGACAGAACUGGAUGAAAAGAUCAGCGCAGUGAAAGCAGCACUACUGAACAGGGUGAAUGAAUUCGGGCCUGGAUUUGGAGCAGAGGGUCCACUGUAACAAACAAAAAGCACCAAACACACCAUGUCUAUAAAUGCAUUGAACAUGCAUCAUUAGUUUCUUUUUUUUCAUUCCACAUCAGCAACAUUUUCCUUGUAUGUGAAUAAAAACACGGAACAUUUCAUAUGAGGUUUAUAUCAUGGACAUUAGACACAUUUUCGAUAUGAGAGUAGAAAAAACUGUAUUCCUCUACAUAGUUUUUUAGUUAAGUGAAAUAUAAUUAUGCUGUAAAUAAAAGUAUUUUUC